CUUCAUUUGUGUGUUGUGUAAUAGUCCCAAAUCAGAAGUGAUUAUCUGUUGCUCCCUGACAGAGAAAUCAAGUUUGAGAAGAUGAUCGGCCGACCAGAAGGUGCAUGAUCCUCCCAUACAACAAAAUGGCUGUCAUGGCAAUCUGAACUCCUGAUGAUUCAAUUAAGCCUAUGCUAAUCCCCAAGAUCGGAUCAGAGAGCAAAGGUUAUUAUGCCACCCUCUUUGUAACAGAUUGAAGACACACAAGAUCCCAGAAGAAUGGCUGACGAAGGGAAAAACUUGAUCGAAAUCUUAGAGGAGAGUUACCCUAUUGACAUCAGCAAAUACAUCAAUUACGUCCAUGCCCCACAAUGCGGUGCUAUAUCAACUUUUUCUGGCACGACACGCGACAUGUUUGAAGGCAAGACUGUUUUGGAGCUCAGAUAUGAAGCAUAUGUGCCAAUGGCGAUUCGCUGCCUCAAAUCCAUUUGCUCUUCUGCUCGAUCAUCAUGGAUUCUGAACUCCAUUGCGGUUGCCCACAGGUUGGGCCCAGUUCCAGUAGGGGAAACGAGUGUCUUCAUUGCAGUCUCGUCUGUUCAUAGGGCCGAUUCAUUGGAUGCUUGUAAGUUUCUGAUCGAUGAGAUCAAGGCAACAGUUCCAAUUUGGAAGAAGGAAGUUUACUCAAAUGGUGAGGUUUGGAAAGAGAACUCGGAGUUUCUUGAGAGGCGGCUGGAACUUGGGAAGGAUGUGCAGGAGAAUGGUCGGGCUUGCGGUGGGAGUAAAGUUAAGGUGGAAGCACGUGAUAGAAAGGGUUGCUGUGGGAGGAAGGAAAAGGUGGAUGAGGGGGCAGUGGAUUCUUGCACCCACAAAGAAUGAUUUUAAGCAUAUUGUUGCUCCCUUUCACUCGUUGGAAACUGACAAUAAUGUAAUUCUACUUCAGACUAAUUAUGUGCUUGUAGCCCUUUUCUUUCCUUUUUUAGAUGUUUCCUUUUUCCAGUGCUUCAACUAGAAGAAAAUGAAUUAAUUUCAACGAGAAGACAACAAAGAAACAACACUCCCUCUGGUCUUUAAAAACCGAGUGACAUUCCUCAUUUGCUCAGAACUUCAGCCCUUCUACUAUUAGGCUAGUUUGUUUCAAGGAUUAGGG